AUGGGUAUACACGGGUUUUUCUUCCUGGUACUGAUAGCAAGUGCAGCUGCCGCACCCUGGCGCUGCUUCCGCACCAAUGGUGGUACGGUGUGCUUUGGGGACAUCGGCCAGCCUUCCCUUUGCCCCCCAAUCAUCAACAUAGGACGCGCUGGCCCACCUUGCACUGGUCCAGCAACGAUAUACACCCCCCCUUGCUCUCCACCACCAUGCCCACCACCAUGCCCUCCACCUUCCCCACCACCAUGUCCAGAACCGGAACCAUGCCCUUGUGGAUAUUAA